AUUAAAUUAUUAAAAAAAUAUUUGAAUACUUUUACUCAAAUAUUUCACAACACUGAAUUUACUUAAUUCUUUUUAUAAAUUAUAAUGGUCCAGUAUUUUAUUAUAGUGGAUUAUGCCUCGUUCAUGUUGUGUAGUCGGUUGCAAAACUGGAUACAAGUCUAACCAUAGUACAAUUAAGGUAUCUACUUUUUCUUUUCCUACGGAUGAAAAUUUAAAGAAAAAGUGGAUAAAUAAAAUACCCCGGAAAGAUUUGAUUGCUACUAAAAAUUCAGUAGUUUGUGCCAGUCAUUUUACUGAUGAACAAAUUAUUAGAACAUGGACUUCAGGGGUUGGUGAUAAACAAGUGUGUAUAAAUUUAAAGUAUCCAAAACUAAAAGAAGAUGCUAUCCCAUGCAUAUUUCCUGGCCCAAAAUAUUUAUCGAAUCCACAAACUAAAAGAAAGUCUCCUAGAAAGCGAGAUAGUUCAUUAAUCUCUUCUAAAAACAUUAAAGUAGUAGAGGCUGAAUCUAAAAUUUCUGAACAUCCUUGUAAUAAUGAUAUUGAUCCAGAAUUUUCUGAAGAAUCUUCAGUCUUGUCCACUGAACAAAAGUUUGAGAAAAUAUGUUGUGAUCUUGAGUCAAUCACACUUCCAGAUAAUUGGAAAUAUGAGAUACAUAGAGGAAAGAAACCAUAUAUUGUAUUGUAUACAAUACAAUGUAAUAACAAUGAAGCUGGAAUUAGCAUUGAAAAACAGAUUUUUUUAGAUUCAGACAUGAUUUUGAAAUGUAAUAUAUAUGAAAAGAAUAUAAACCUACAAGAUUUGUAUGGAAAUUCAAAUAUUUCUUCUUUGGAUGAUUUGAUUUCAAUUAUGAUUAUUUUAAGUUCUAAAAAAAUAUGUUCAGGUGGGCCUUUAGUUCAUGAAUUUGAAGGUAUAUCAGUUGAAUGUGCAGAUAUAAUUUUUAAAAACCAUUGGCAACAUAAAAAAUGUCCUUAUUUAAUUGAUAAAUCAUCUAUUAAAAAUAAAUGUUCAUUUUUUAAAAUGGAUGCACGAUAA